CCAGACCCCUUGUCUGUGACAGCCUAUACAGUCCCUCAAUGAGAAAAAUGGACUGACCUCAGUCUUGUAACUGCCUGACUGGGCCCUCCUUGGCUGAAGGCCUCUAAUGCUAUUCGCAGGUUUAUCCUGGCCUGGUUUGCUCUUGUCCCCUGGCUCCAUGGCUGCAGGUGGGAUCUCUUGUCCUAGGGUAACCUCUAUUCUACAACAAGCACUGGCGGGAAGGGACAAAAACCCUACCCCUCCUGGGACAUCCCUCUGAGGAAAGAUUUGGUUUCCACACUCAGCCUCCCUCUGCACCCAUCUGAAGAGCAGGAAUGUCAACCUACCAGCCUUAUCCCCGGCCACCCAACUCCAAGGGUGGAGGCAAUCCAGACAUGGCUUUGAAGGGCUAUUUUAUGUGACAGCCACACCCCCUGCCAGUUGUGAUGGAGCCUGGGGUACUCCUCUCAGAUUGGCAAAGGGCUCCAGUCAGGACUGGGCAUUCCUGUCUUACUGGCGCUGGGAGGUUGUGCAAUACCCUGCUGCUGAAGAUGCUCAACUCCUCUGUUCACCACUGCUGUGGGACCCACUGUCUGCCUUCCUUCUGCUCAACACCUGACAGCACCUCUCCCGGAGCUCCCUCCUAUAAGUCAGGGCUGACUGGGGCAGGCCCAGAUGGUGAUGGCUGCAGAGUGGGACCUCGGGGAACCAGGGCUGACACAAGAGGGUGUCAGUGGCUCUGGGACAUGCUUAAGGUGCCUCAUUUCCUGGACAGGUGGUGGGUGUGGGCCUUGGGUGGAGUGAAAGAGGCAUAUGGGAGGGGCUGGGGAGGUGCUCGGGGCUAGCUAGAGCACCCUGUCUCUGGGUUAAAAGCUGGAAGUCCUUGGUCCUGUGGCUGCUGCCUCAUCAUUCCUGCUCCUGAGAACUUGGCCUCAUGGCUCUGGCAAAGGUGCCUGGCACCUGCCUGCUCACUGUGCGUGUCCUGCAGGCCCAUGGUCUGCCUUCCAAGGACUUAGUGACCCCCUCUGAUUGCUAUGUGACUCUGUGGCUGCCCACGGCCUCCAGCCACAGGUUUCAGACACGCACGGUCAAGAACAGCAGAAACCCCAUCUGGAAUCAGAGCUUUCACUUCCGAAUCCACAGCCAGCUCAAGAAUAUCAUGGAAUUAAAAGUUUUUGACCAGGACCUGUUGACCAAAGAUGACCCAGUGUUGUCAGUGCUAUUUGAUGUGGGGACCCUGCAGCCUGGGGAGUUUAGACAUCAGAACUUCUCGCUGAGCUCACAGGGUGAGGAGCGGCUAGAAGUUGAGUUUCAACUGCAGAGCCUGACAGACUGUGUGGAGCAGCUUAUCAGCAAUGGCAUCCUGGUGGCCCGGGAGCUCUCCUGCUUGCAUGUUCAGCUGGAAAAGACUGGGGACCAGAAGGGGUCAGAGACCAGAGUUCAGCUUGUAGUUCCAGGGGCCUGUGAGGGACUUCAGGAGGCCUCUGUGGGCACUGGCUCUUUCUGUUUCCAUUUCCCAGCCUGCUGGGAGCAGGAACUGAACAUCCAUCUACAGAAUGACCCUCAGGAACAACUGAAGGUGCCACUACAGACCCUGCCCACUGACCAGUUGGUGAGACUCAUCUUUCCCACAUCACAGGAACCCUUACUGAGGGUGGAACUGAAGAAAGAAGAAGGCCCACGAGAGCUGGCCGUGCGUCUGGGCUGCAGGCCCUGUGCAGAGGAGCAGGCCUUCUUGAACAGGAGGAAGCAGGUGGUAGCUGGGGCCCUGAAGCAGGCCCUGCAGCUGGACAGAGACCUGCGAGAGGAUGAGAUCCCAGUGGUAGCUGUUAUGGCCACUGGCGGAGGGAUCCGGGCAAUGACUUCCCUGUAUGGGCAGCUGGCUGCUCUGAAGGAGCUGGGCCUCUUGGAUUGCGUCUCUUACAUCACAGGGGCCUCAGGCUCCACCUGGGCCUUGGCCAACCUCUAUGAGGACCCAGAAUGGUCUCAGAAGGACCUGGCAGGGCCCACCGAGUUGCUGAAGACCCAGGUGACGAAGAGCAAGCUGAGUGUGCUGGCUCCCAGCCGGCUGCAGUGGUAUCAGCAGGAGCUAGCCGAGCGUGCCCGCCUGGGUCACCCAACCUGCUUCACCAACCUGUGGGCCCUCAUUAAUGAGGCGCUGCUGCAUGAUGAGCCUUGUGACCACAAACUCUCAGAUCAAAGGGAAGCCCUGAGUCGUGGCCAGAAUCCUCUGCCCAUCUACUGUGCCCUCAACACUAAGGGGCAGAACCUGACAACCUUUGAAUUUGCCGAGUGGUGCGAGUUCUCCCCCUAUGAGGUCGGCUUCCCCAAGUAUGGGGCCUUCAUCCCCUCUGAGCUCUUCGGCUCUGAAUUCUUCAUGGGGCAGCUGGUGAAGCAGCUCCCAGAGUCCCGCAUCUGCUACCUGGAAGGUAUCUGGAGCAAUCUGUAUGCAGCCAGCCUCCAGGACAGUUUGUACUGGGCCUCAGAGCCCAGCCAGUUCUGGGACCGCUGGGCCCAGGAUCGGGCCAGCCUGGACAAGGAGCAGGUGCCCCAUCUGAAGGUAGAAGAACCACCCACAAGAGCUGGCAGGAUUGCUGAGUUUUUCACUGACCUUCUGACGAGGCGCCCACUUGCCCAGGCCACUCAUAAUUUCCUACAUGGCCUCCAUUUCCACAAGGACUAUUUCCAUCAUCCUCACUUCUCCACCUGGAAAGCUACCAAACUGGAUGGGCUCCCCCAUCAGCUGACACCCAUGGAGCCCCACCUUUGCCUGCUGGAUGUCGGCUACUUUGUCAAUACUAGCUGCCCACCCCUCCUGCAGCCCACCCGGGAUGUGGACCUCAUCCUGUCACUGGACUACAAUCUCCAUGGAGCUUUUCAGCAGCUGCAACUCUUGGGCCGGUUCUGCCAGGAGCAGGGGAUCCCAUUCCCACCCAUCACACCCAGUCCAGAAGAACAGCACCAGCCUCAGGAGUGCCAUGCCUUCUCUGACCCUGCCCAGCCUGAAGCCCCUGCUGUGCUGCACUUCCCUCUGGUCAAUGACUCCUUCCAGGAAUACUCAGCCCCUGGGGUGCGGCGGACACCUGCAGAGAAGGCAGCUGGGGAGGUCAACCUCUCUCCUUCUGACUCCCCAUACCACUACACAAAAGUGACCUACAGCCCAGCGGACACAGACAAGCUGCUUCACCUGACACAUUACAAUAUCUGCAACAACCAGGAGCGGCUGCUGGAGGCCCUGCACCAGGCCGUGCAUCGGCGGAGACAGAAGCAGCAACACAGACCUGAGUGAUACCAGGGAGGUGUACUGGCUGGGCUCCCACCUGGUCCCUGCCAGCUUUGACUCUUUGAGCAUCACCAAAUGUUCUGGAGCUCUGGUGUCCAUGCAUAGCUCAACCAAGGUGUAUUCUGAGGAUCAUCUAGAGGUGGCAAUGAAGCCAGCAACGACUUUAUCCACAGCAUCCAGGCUAAAGCCUGUAAGCAGAGAGGCUGGACUCCCUUCCUCCUUCAGAAGGCUGGGAGUGAGGGGCCCAGCUCAUUGUAGCUGUAGUUAGGACCAGGGCUACCUUCUUUACAAAGGGGGAUGGGAUUUGGGGCUCAACAUUUCCAUGACAGCAGGGGGUAGAGAUGGGGAUAAAGUGGCCAAAUGGACAGAGUAAAGUGGAGCACUUUAUGUA